CCUGCGCAACACAAACGAAGAAGAACUGUUUCCAAGAGAGAGGCACCUGCAGGGUGUUGGAAGGCAAAAAAGUUGACACCAACAUGGAUAUAAGCUUCACUAAAGGGAAGUCGGCCAUCCUGGAGCGGCCGUUGUCUCGACCCAAGACGGAGGUCAGCUUAAGUGCCUUUGCCUUCCUCUUUUCUGAAAUGGUCCAAUACUGCCAGAAUCGAGUGUACUCAGUGUCUGAGCUGCAGGCGCGCCUGGCUGAUAUGGGCCAAAGUGUGGGGGCCAGCCUGCUGGAUGUCCUGGUGCUCCGGGAGAAGAACGGCAAAAGAGAGACCAAAGUGCUCAACAUCCUGCUCUUCAUCAAGGUGAAUGUCUGGAAGGCUCUAUUUGGCAAGGAGGCAGACAAGCUUGAGCAAGCAAACGAUGACGACAAAACAUACUACAUCAUUGAGAAAGAGCCACUGGUGAACGCGUUUAUAUCUGUGCCCAAGGAGAACAGCACUCUGAACUGUGCUGCCUUUACUGCUGGGAUAGUGGAGGCCAUCCUUACCCACAGCGGAUUCCCUGCCAAAGUCACUGCACACUGGCACAAAGGCACCACACUGAUGAUCAAGUUCGACGAAGCGGUCAUCGCCCGAGAAAAGCAAAUGGACGGCAGAUAGAGACUUUGAAGGAGCUGUAGGUUAAAGGAGAGACACUUGGAUUUUGUAACUUUGUAAACUGCGUGGGUGAGAGCUAUGGGGGCCAGUUGACUUGGCUCAAAAAAUAUCCUUUAGUAAACCUGUUCCUGAUGCUUAUUGAUUGCUUGAAAGAAUUGUUUCAUCAUUGUCAUAAAAAAUCUUCAAUUUCCAGAAAAAUGUUCUUGAUAUCUGGUUAUGUAACUUUAAAAUGAAUUUCUUCUGGUCCAUUUGUAAUGAAAUGUUCACACAAUGUAAAAGGGAGCCACUGGUUUUACGUGAUGUAAAAACAUUUUCAGAAAGGAAAAAUGGAUUUACAAGGUUUUCUUAUGGCGGUGAAGAUUUGUAUUAAAACAUGUCUGAACCAAAAGACCAAGAUCUUUCACCAGGAA